GUGGCAGUGGCGGAGCCACAUGCAACAACAUGGGGGCAAUGAACCCAACAAGAUUAAAAAAAAUAGUGUAACUUAAAGCUCAAUCUAUAUGAUAUCCCCACUCAUAAUUAUUUUUUGCUUCCAUACCUUUUUUUUUGCCCCCAACAGAAAUAUUUUCUGCCUCCGCCAAUGGCUGUGGGAGCUGGAUGGCAAGCAGUGGUGGCGUAUGUUAACAUUGCAUGCUAUUACUUGUUUGGGAUCCCAUUUGGUUUAUUGUUAGGAUACAAGCUCGACUUUGGUGUAAAGGGAAUCUGGUGUGGGAUGUUGACGGGAACUGUGGUUCAGACAAUAGUCUUGACGUGGAUGAUCUGCAGGACAAAUUGGGACAAAGAGGUUGCGAUGGCUGAUCACAGGAUAAGAGAGUGGGAAGGAGAAGUAUCGGAAAUAGAGCAACUCUUAAACUAAAAAGACUGUACGUAAGCUAGUAUUCAUAUCAAAGAAACUCAGUUUCACUGUCUGUGUUUGGGUCAAGAGCACUUACAAACAGUUAAUUAUGCAUUCACCGUUUUCAAAAAUUUGAUAGAGAUGUCCGGUAUGUCACACACGGUCGUGAAGCACUAGAACUAAGUAAAGGAAUGCAAAAAGUUAUUUUUACAAGUAUGGGUUGUUGUUGCUUUUGGGAAUGGUAUAUUCAUUUUAUAUCAUAUUUCUAAAACUAAAACCGAAGGGUGAAAUCGUAACAAGGCUUUAAAUUGGAAAUCGUAGUUUUCUGAAGCUAAAUGUUAUAGCAAGAUUCAAUAAGUACAUGCAUAUUAUAUAAACUAGGCGUCAUAAGUAAAGUCAACGAACAAGUUGGCCUUUGUAUAUAGAUAUGUUUUGAAAAGACAAUAGACAUAAGCAGGGGCGGAUGUAAGAAGGGAGUAGGGGGUCAGCUGACCCACCUCAUUUUGAAAAGUAUAUGUAUUCUUAAAGAUAAAUAAUGUGCUGACCCCAUGAAAAUAUUAUUUUUGACCCCAAAAAAAUCAAACACACUAAAAACUAAAUGAUGAAAUUUAAUUACCUAAUUUUGACUCCGCCACUAGACAUAAGACAUAAUAUUCAUUCAACGGUUUAGCGGAUUCCGAAAACCAUACAUGAUCUACAUAUACCUGCGUUGAAUGACAAGUUGUAGAGUAACAUUAAUUUUGCAGGAGUAAUUGAUUAAAUUUCAAAAAAAAAAAAAAGUUAUUGUUUAGCAAAGGUUUUUGGGAAAAAUCUUAAAAUAAGAGAAUAACAAAGAUAUCCAAUAAUGGCAUAUCGCCUUGUAUCAGACACCUACAUACCAUAAACACGCUGUACGACAAACAUACAUCUCCUAUAUAUUACAGAUAAGUUCUAGUACUUAUUGUUGUUAUCUACUUAGUCCUUCUCCUAUUAGGGUUAGCAUAAUCUCUUGUAUAUAUACAUGACUUUGUCAAUGAAUACAAUGACGCU